AUGGCCCGUUUGAACACCCAGACUGUCUCGUCUGAUACCGAGACUGAGAGACUCAUAAGCUCCCCAUCCGGUCGUACGGCUGCCUCGCCUGCACCGCCUUCCGCUCUCGGCGCCUACGGCUCCGAUAAAGAGAACGAGCAUCAUACUCUGGGCAGUAACAGGAAGAGAAAGAGUGCUGCGGCGAACAUGUCAGAUAAGGCUCCCGUGGAUACGCGAAAACGGAGGAGGACAGAAGCAGAAGAAUCACAGACUCCGUCGGGCCAACAAUACUAUGACCCUGACCAGAAGCCUGAAGAACGACGCCAAGUCCGCAAAUUUCUGCGUGGCCUCCAUGCAAAGCUCCACGACCUUAGGGCCGAGUAUCUUCGGCCUGACUCAAAAGGCAUCGAGGAGACUCUCAGAGAAGCAGACGAAAACUUCAAGAAUGUCAAGCAACCUUCAGAAGCCACCAUUGAUUCGCGAUUUCUCGUCGAAACUGCAGACCUGUCUUGGAGAAAGAUCAACAAUCUGACGCUGGGGGAUGGGACGAUCGGUAUUGACGUCGACGAUUUCGUCACGAAAUGCAUCAUGUUCAUGAAACAGGGGAACGCAUCGGAGGCGGCAUAUCGUGAUGCCCCGCCCAGCACUCAAACUCAAGCUCAUCGGCGAAGACGGCGUCAGGAUGCGGAUGAAGAGGAUGAAGGCGAUACCAUGAACUGGGAGUACUUGGGGAAGAACGCUUGUUUCCUGUACAACUCGCGACCUUGCUUGACCGGCUUCUUGCUUGGCCCACUAUCAGUCCAAAAGAAGGUUCGGCAGCAAACCCAACGCAAAGCGCGCGAAGCUCGCACUGAACCCACACAAGCGGUGCGUCCAGUUCAGUUGGGCGACGAAGACCUGCAGAAGCAGGAAUCGGCCAACCUCACCGAGAUCUGUACCGAGAUCGCACGACUCUUGCAAACGGCUAUGAUUACGGGAAUAAAGAAUGCGGAAAGAGAAGUCGAAGAAGCAGACCAGGACCUUUCAGAGGAGCAAACGCGAGAGAUCCUGCGGAAAAGCGUAAUAGCCGACAACGGGUGCGUGCCGCUGUUCAACUUCUGCGUCAACCCGAAAUCAUUUGGGCAGACCGUCGAGAAUAUGUUUUAUGUGAGCUUUUUGAUCAAGGAAGGAAAAGUUGCACUGGACUUUGACAGUCAUGGGUUACCGACGCUAGGUCUCGAACGGCCCAAGAGUAUGGAGGAGAGGCAGGAAACACAGCGUAACCAAGCAAUCUUCACUCUCGACUUUGACAUUUGGGAAGACAUCGUUCAGACUUUCGGCAUCCAGAAGAGUAUCAUCCCUCAUCGACGAGAGGAGAAGUAUGACGAUGGAAUACUCGACUAUGCGCACAGGGAGGAUGAUGCUGACCGCAGAGAGGAAGAACAGGAAGACUCCGAUGCCUAUUCCUGA